GAGUCAACAACAUUUGACGACCACAAAUUGCUGCAGCUGCAACUAGUUCGCUUCUAACACUAAAGGCGCUGGUCUAUUCGGCAACGGUACUGGUAUGACAUCUAACAACGCACACGAGUCCGUCACCACAAACAACAACCAACAUCUCGGAGCCUCAUCAGGCAGGGCCGACGCUCACAACAACACACACCUAGGUGCUACAUCGGCACGAGACGAGGAAACACUUUCCGCAGGGUCAACAGCUCGAGCAGAGUCCAGCGCCUACAGGAUGAGCAACAACAACGGAAAACUGGAGAAGGACUUCUCCUCCAGCAAUGGUUAUGAAUAUGGUGGUACUACGAAUGGCGGACAUCAGCAUUUGGACAACAAAAUGGAUGAAGACCUGGCCCUGAGGCACAUCCGGACUGCUGGCAGCAUCUCUAUCUCUCCUGAGCUUUUCGAGAAGCUCUACCUUUCGCCAAAGAACGAGGUAAAGGGCGAACUCCGAAAGACAUUCGGUAAUCCUACUCCUCUUGCUCUCAUUGGUUUCCUGCUGUCACUCACACCCCUGAGUUGGACCCUUAUGGGAUGGCGCGGCGCUGGAGGCAGUGGCUCAGCAAGCAUUGGAUGGUACUUCUUUGCUGGUGGUCUCUUGAUGGUUCUCGGUGGUCUUGGUGAAUGGAUUCUCGGCAACACAUUCCCCUUCGUCGUCUUCACCUCCUUUGGCGCUUUCUGGCUCGGAUAUGGCGCCACUCUUGUACCCUCGUACGGAGCUUACGGCAACUACGCUGAUCCCACUAUCCAAGGCAGUACUGGACUGGAAUCUGUUGGCUUCAACGUCGGAAUCGCCUACUUUAUGAUCUCCAUGGCAAUGCUCUGUCUCGUUUACCUUGUCUGCUCGAUGCGAACCAACCUGGUCUUCUUCCUCAUCUUCUUCACCCUCACCCCAGCUUUCGGUCUCCUCGCCGGCACCUUCCUGAACCUGGCGCAGGGCAACGCGGCUACGGCUUCAAAGUGUCAAGAGGCCGCUGGUGCGUUCGCGUUCGUCACUUGCCUGCUUGGAUGGUACAUCUUCUUCGCCAUCAUGCUUGCUAGCGUCGAUUUCCCCUUCUCCCUGCCGAUUGUCGAUCUUUCGGGCAUAAUUAAGGGCGCGAGCGAGAAGCAGAAGGUCGACCACGUCGAGUAAACCUGAAGCGAUAUAGCAUCGGCGGCGUUGACGGCGAGGAGAAGGAGGACAUAGGAUCUACAGCUUGUAGUAUGCUUAUUAGCGACGGUGUUAGCUGUCUACUGAAGCAGCUGGCGUGCUUUUCAUCUCUUCAAACUGUUGAUAUCGAUUGCGACGUAGUUGUGUGUCGACGAGAUCCUAAC